ACGAGCAGCAAGAUAUCCUACUGUGGCCACGAGUGUCUGCUGAGGACCUGCUUCAGCCCUCAGUUGUCCCCUCUCCCCAAGGGGCUCUGAGACCUUUGGGAUUCCUGUCACAUUCACUCAAGGGCCUGAGAGGACCUAACAAGCCCCUCAGAAUCACCCCGGAGGAGCUGAGCAUGACCCGGGACGAGGCACUGCCAGACUCGUAUUCAGCACAGGGCUUCUAUGAGAACUAUGAGCCCAAGGAGAUCCUGGGCAGAGGAGUUAGCAGUGUCGUCAGGCGCUGCAUCCACAAGCCCACGUGCCAGGAGUAUGCUGUGAAGAUCAUUGACAUCACCGGCGGGGGCAGCUUCAGCUCUGCGGAGGUGCAGGAGCUGCGGGAGGCGACGCUGAAGGAGGUGGACAUCCUGCGCAAGGUCUCGGGGCUCCCCAACAUCAUACAGCUGAAGGACACAUAUGAGACCAACACUUUCUUCUUCUUGGUGUUUGAUCUGAUGAAGAGAGGGGAGCUCUUUGAUUACCUCACUGAGAAGGUCACUCUGAGUGAGAAGGAAACCAGAAAGAUCAUGAGAGCCCUGCUGGAGGUAAUCUGCAAUUUGCACAAACUCAACAUUGUGCAUCGGGAUCUGAAGCCUGAGAACAUCCUCUUGGAUGAUGACAUGAACAUCAAGCUCACAGACUUUGGUUUUUCCUGCCAGCUGGAGCCAGGAGAGAAGCUGCGAGAGGUCUGUGGGACCCCCAGUUACCUGGCCCCUGAGAUCAUUGAAUGCUCCAUGAAUGAUGACCACCCAGGUUAUGGGAAGGAAGUGGACAUGUGGAGCACAGGCGUCAUCAUGUACACACUGCUGGCUGGCUCCCCACCCUUCUGGCACCGGAAACAGAUGCUGAUGCUGAGGAUGAUCAUGAGUGGCAACUACCAGUUUGGCUCACCUGAAUGGGAUGAUUAUUCAGACACAGUGAAGGACUUGGUUUCUCGCUUCUUGGUGGUGAACCCCCGGGGCCGCUGUUCAGCAGAAGAGGCCUUAGCACACCCGUUCUUCCAGCAGUAUGUGGUGGAAGAAGUGCGUCACUUCAGCCCCCGGGGCAAGUUCAAGGUGAUUGCUGUAACAGUACUGGCUUCAGUGCGGAUCUACUACCAGUACCGCCGGGUGAAGCCGGUGACCCGGGAGAUCGUCAUCCGUGACCCUUAUGCCCUCCGUCCUCUGCGCCGACUCAUCGAUGCCUAUGCUUUCCGCAUCUAUGGCCACUGGGUGAAGAAGGGGCAGCAGCAGAACCGGGCUGCCCUCUUUGAGAACACACCCAAAGCUGUGCUCCUCUCCCUGGCUGAGGAAGACUACUGAGGGGCCAGCAGGUGGGGUAGGUGGGGCGGGGGGCGGGCAAGGAGGGAAAGCCACAGAAACAGAAGUUGAAGGAGUGAGAUCAUGUCCAAGCCUCUGUCCAGAGCGGAGUACUUGGGCCUGGCCAGAACCCCUGCACCCAAGGCCCCUAUCCCCUCUCAGAGGCUCUGCACAAGGGCAGGGCGCUCCCAUCAGACGUCAUCACACGUUGGUGAGUGUGGUCAGGGCCUGUCCCCAUAGAGGGGAACUGCUUCUCUACUUCCCAGCUGUAAGCACCAUCUCAGGUUCUUCUCAUGGGAGGCCCAGAGUUCCAGAUGCUUGCGCGCCCUUCUCUUAGGGUCCCAGGGUGAGGAUAAAAGAGAAUAGUCUGAGAUAUACAAUCACAAGAGGUUUUACUGACCUCACAACAUCCAGUGGCACCAUGGGAGCAAGUUCUUUUCUAGGGACAUAUGGUUAGAGGCAUAUGGGAGCCCUGAUCUGAUUAACAAUAGAAAGGGAAGGUUCUGGUAUUUGUCUGUCUGGAAUAUCAUUUACUUUGUGACUCUCACAAUACAGUUUUGUCUGGUAAAUAA